AUGAGUAGGGAAGCUCACUUAAACGCUUCGUCGUCGAAUCCGAAGUCGAAGCGGAAAAAUUCAAGGUACUCGAUACAAUGGCCGUCUGAUAUGAUCCAGCUCCCUUCUGUGGAGAUGUUCCAGUUAGAUACCAUUAUAGAUGAGGAGCUUAAAAAUGAAUCUUCCGAAGUUGUCAAUGCCUUGCUUGAAGUGAUGUCCAACUAUAAGAAAGAUCUUAAGUUGGAGAUACGACGGAAUUUGUCAUCGGAACAGAAAGUGCAACAUAGUAACAUCAAGGUAGCGAAGCUAGCUCAACUGAUUACUAAGAAAAUAUCGACUAGGAAUAGAAAGCUAGAGAAAUUGAUCCACACCAGUGACAUUGACAGUGAGUUGCAGGACUUGUUACAGCUCAGUGGUGAGUGCAACGGGUUGAUAAGUAAUUUGGGACCCAGGUUGGUUAGAAUCCACAAGGUAAAGGGGACCAGUGGCGAUGGCAUUGAAAAGUAUGCUACUAUAAAUAAACUAUGGGGGAAACAGAAAAAAAGUGAAAAUAUUGAUCCACAUGCCGCUUCCAUCUCUAAGGUCAACGUCGGUUCGAAUUCAAAAGAAAACGGUAAAAAGAAUGGUCGCUUUGAAGUAGAUAAGGCUGAGCACGAAAAGGUAGUGAGAAGCGCAGUGAAAACUGGCCGUGGUAAGGCUAACGGAUCCGUUGUACAUAAUCCAUUCAGCAGCGAAAUGGAUGAAAAUGCCUUUGAGGAGUUUAUGUCGAGUUCUAUUCUGAAGUACAGAGACCAGCAAUCCAAAAAGGAACGUCAACAGUUCGAAUUUCCAGAUAUAAUAGUUCCAGACGAUCUUAGUUAUGAAGCACCUAAAACACCAAAGACUCCGCAAACACCCAAAACUCUCGGGGAAAGGAAAAGUGCAUACAACACACCUAUAAACUCAAUGAAAUUGACUGCCAAGUCUCCUGCUACUACGCUGCUGACAUUGCAACUGUCACACUUUAAGAAAUUGAGAAUAAAUGGAUCGCCCAUCACUUCUAAGACAUACUCCAAGAUGAAAACUAUUCCGACUUGUGACUGCUCGGACACUCAUGAGCACGAAUCAGUGCCAGCAGGCGCUGUUUCAUUAGACGAGAACGGCAAUGAGGAAAUUGGAGCUUCAGAGUAUAAGGAGCCUACCCUCCAGCAAUCCCUUCUGGAGCUAAGCACGCUCAUACUCCACUCAGAUGAUGAAUAUACCAAUUCGAGUGGUUUGACAACAGACGAGAGUGACGUGUUUUCCACGGACUCUUCCGACAGUGAUGCAGAGAAUGGACACUCAAUUGCUGAUAUGUACUACCAGUCGCUCAAGUCCAACUUGAGAAAGAAAAAGAGAAAGAGCAGGCGUGACUUGUUUAAGAAUAGUAUUUCUGAACGAAGUGAUACGAAUGGAGAAAAUUCAAGAGCUUUCAAGGCAGAAUCACCCACCCCUAAACAUAAGCCAUCGCAUCACACCUUAAAACCUAAGAAAUCUAUCCUUAAGUUCCCUAAGGAGAAUUCUCUGGCCAAAGCAGAGCACAGUCUUCAGCUGAAAUUGGUCAAUAAUUUGGAAUUGAAUCUAAGCUCUAGUGUGAAAAUCAAAUCUCGCCCAAAUGGUGGUCCAUUAAUGGCAACAGUACCCUCAGUAUCUGCUGUUCCAGGUAGGCUGAACCCUUCUGCAGGCUUCAAGUUUCUCAGACCACAGUCUCUGUUCAACCCUGCUCCUCGUGUGAACAACGAAGCUGCUUUAGGCACUAUGUUGAGCAUAGACAAUGAGUUGUAUGGAGAUGAAGCCAGACACUACGAAGAAGAUGAAGAAGGCGAUUUGCUUUCAGACAAUGAAUCUGAUGCUAGGAGCGUCAGGUCUAUCCAGAGACUUCGAGGACUACUUUGA